AUGGCCACUGUCAAGUCCGCUGAGGAGAAUAUCUCCUCUCCUGACGCGGUCGGCGACAACUCUGCCCAUCAUGUCGCUCCACCCUCCUCGCUCCACCAAAAGAAUAUCUUCGCGAGGGUCCGUCGGGACCCAUGGUUCCAGAUUAUUUUGAUUUCGUUCAUUGCGUUCUGUAAUCCGGGCAUGUAUAAUGCCCUGACGGGUAUGGGCGGGUCCGGCCAGGUGGACUCCACGGUGUCUGCUAACGCCAACGUCGCCACUCACGCCGCUACAGCUGGUGCGGCUCUCGUGGUGGUCGGAACUCUAUACAAAUACCUAGGUCCACGUCUCUCGCUUCUUAUUGGCGGCUGGACUUAUGCUUUGUACGCGGGAGCCCUGCUCAACUCCAUUCGAGUGAAGGAUGGUGGACCCUUCGUGAUUGCUUCUGGUGCGCUGUUGGGUCUGGGAGCUGCCUUCUUCUGGGUUGCCCAGGGUACUAUUAUGGUGACCUAUACCAAUGAUCAGACACGCGGUCGAGCUAUUGGUGUCUUCUGGGUGAUCUUCAAUCUGGGCGCGACGAUUGGUUCGCUCGCAAGUUUUGGACUGAACUACCACUCCAAGUCUGGCACCGUGACCGAUUCAACCUAUAUUGCUUAUAUUGUCAUCAUGCUGUUUGGAUGGGCGCUGUCCGUCUUGGUCUGCUCGACGGAGAGUCUCUCCGAGAAAUAUCACGGUCAUCGCAUUGCGCAAGAAUCAAAAUCAUUCAACUUUGGGAACCUGAAGUCAACUGUGAUCCAAGUUCUUCGGAUCGUGUUUGAUUGGAGGAACGUUUGUCUCUACCCCAUGUUUUACAACGCGAACGUCUUUUAUUCCUACCAGCAGAACGACGUGAACGGCUUGACUUUCAACUUGCGCACGCGUUCCCUCAAUGGUGCGCUUUACUGGAUUGCUCAGAUGGCCGGUGGGCUUCUGAUGGGGCUGAUCCUCGACCUUCACACUCUCAAUCGCCGAGCUCGUGCUAUCACCGGAUGGGCAAUCCUUUUUGUUACCGGAAUGGUAAUCUGGGGCGGCGGAUAUCAAUUCCAGGUCUGGGAUGAUAAACGCUUAGCUCUAGGGUUCAAACAGGAUAUCGACUAUAAGGAUGGCAGCAAAUUCCUGGGUCCCAUGUUCCUGUACUUCUUCUAUGGGGCUUAUGAUUCAUUCUGGCAGGCAUUCUGCUACUGGAUCAUGGGAGCUCGUUCGCGCGACCCAGUGGUCAAUGCCGUUGUCGUUGGAGCAUACUCUGCCUUGAAGCCUGCUGGUGGUGCCAUGGCGUGGAGAAUCAAUGCAGAGAAGGUCAGCCCGAUGAAGCAGUUCGCUAUGAAUUGGGGUCUCAGCAUCGGUAGUCUUCUGGUGGCUAUUCCCACUGUGAUGACAAUCCAGAAGUCGGAUAAAGAUUUGGAGGAUGAUAUCUCGGAUGACCAGGUCAGAGAGCCCGAGAAGAACUAA